AUGGAUCGCGAGAGUUGCUCCUCGAGUACGGCAUCGACGCCUGGGUACAUUGGAGCAAGGAAGCUUCCACCGUCGGAGGUGUCCACCAUACCACGAGUUAUGACUCGUUCGGCACCACUGCUCCCCAUGACAGAGACGCAAGCCACUCCAUCCUUGUGGUCAGCAGCAACAACGACAAAGGCCCCUGGUCGCCGGACCGCUUCUGGCGUAGAGGAAAGCUUCUCGGACUCCACCUUCCCAUCGCCGUGCGCCCCAUCAAGAACUGGUACCGGUUCUCCCUCAGAGAGAAAGCUCUCUCUAGCAGCCAGUACACCAACAGCAUCACCGCAUAGCGAUGAGCAUAUACACAUGGUCCCUGCGUACGAGCAAUCAUACGAACCAGUUCGUCCACCGGUAGUCAUUGCCCUGCCAGGAACCAUGUCGAGUCGUGCCAGUUUUGGUCAAAUGCAUGCGGCCAAUGGCAAGGGACAUGACAAGCGACAACCGAAGAAUGGAGCGAAGGAGUCGAAAGAGUCGCCACCACUCGGCCAUCGCUUCAACUCAGCAGUCAAAGGCUUUUUUCGAAAAGAUCCUAUCAAUGAUUUACAGUUCGAGUAUAUUGGAGAAAGGCACUGGUCAGAGGAUUGA